AUGUUAAAUGGGUCGAGUGAAGCUUGGCUUGAUUCACCACGUGGGCUUACUUAUUUCAUGAAGUGUGGUUUGGCGGGUGCUUGCCGCUCCUCAAUGGCUUGUCCAAUGGAUAGGGAUAUAAUUUCCUUCUAUACAAAAGAAUAUUUAUUAUACAGUUUAGAAGAAGUAGUUCUGUCGAGAGGAGGUCAGUGCAAGUUUGAAGAAGAUAAAAACAUGAAAGGGCUAGUAUUUUUCCUUUUGCUCCUGGCAUUGAGUCGUGCCGCAGAAUACAAUGGAGUAUGCAUAUCUGAUUGGCCGUUGACACCGAGGCCUCACAGCGUGUCUGUCUUAGAAUUUGGAGCAGUUGGGGAUGGAAAAACAUUAAAUACUCUGGCAUUUCAGAAUGCCAUUUUCUAUCUUAAGUCCUUUGCUGACAAGGGUGGUGCUCAACUCUAUGUUCCAUCAGGCAAGUGGCUUAUUGGAACCAUCAACCUUACCAGCCACCUCACACUUUUCCUGGAAAAAGAUGCCAUUAUUCUUGGAUCUCAGGAUUAUAGUCACUGGGAUGUAAUUGAUCCUUUGCCUUCUUAUGGCCGAGGUACUGAACGACCUGGAGGAAGAUAUCGCAGCUUGAUUACAGGACAUGGUUUAACUGAUGUGGUGAUUACAGGUGACAAUGCAACUAUUGAUGGCCAGGGUUCAGUUUGGUGGGAUAAAUUCAGUUCUCAUUCCCUAAAUUACAGUCGGCCACAUGUAGUAGAAUUCAUAGACUCAAACAAUAUUGUUAUAUCAAACUUAACGUUCUUAAAUCCCCCUGCUUGGAACAUUCACCCAGCUUACUGCAGUAAAGUGCUAAUUCAGAACAUAACAGUCCAUGCUCCUCCUGACUCUCCAUACACCAGUGGGAUAGUCCCAGACUCCUCCGAGCAUCUUUGUAUCGAAAACAGCAACAUUAGCUUGGGUUAUGAUUCUAUCGUGCUAAAAAGCGGCUGGGAUGAAUACGGCAUUGCAUAUGGCAAACCAACCACUAAUGUCCAUAUUCGAGGUCUACGCUUGCAAUCUUAUUCAGGCUCUGGCAUGGCUUUUGGUAGCGAGAUGUCCGGUGGCAUUUCCACUAUAUUGGUUGAGAACCUUCAUGUGCUUGACUCGUUGAUUGGAAUCGAGUUGAAAACUGUAAGAGGAAGAGGAGGCUACAUUAAAGGAAUCUACAUAUCCGAUGUGUUCAUGGAAACUGUACAACAAGGAAUUAAGGUGACAGGUCAAUGGGAGUCACAUCCGGAUGACAAGUUUGAUCCCUCUGAGUUGCCUGUGGUCGGUGAAAUUACCUUUACGAACAUAACUGGCAAAAACAUUACUACGGCUGGGUAUUUUUCUGGUAUUGAGGAAUCUCCCUUCACUUCUAUAUGUCUAUUGAAUGUUUCUUUCUCGGUUACUUCUGACCCAUCAACAUCAUGGAUUUGCUCUGAUGUGUCGGGCUCAUCCAAAAACGUGUCACCUGAACCAUGUCCAGAAUUUCAGAGCUCAGUUUCUACUUCUUCCCAGUGUUCCUUCCUUUCAUAUCCAAACAGUCAAGUUGCAUAUUCUUGA